AUGGAGAAGCUGGAGCGGAGGAUGCGGCAGGUCCUGUUCAAGGUCGACGAGAGGGUCGCCAGGAUCAGCAAGAUGCCAGUCGUGAAGUCGAAGAAGAUGCUGCGGAAGCUGAUCGAGGUCGACGGACGAGACUCCAAGAAGGCGGAGAAGCCGGUCGUCAAGCUGCUGCAGCGGGUCCGGCGCACACUGGGCAAGCGUACGGAGACCGAGGCCAGCGGUAGCGUCCGUGCCGAGCCGGAGGGAGGCGGUCGCAGCUCCACGGAAGAACUCGACGGCGCGCCGGCGCCCUCGCUGGAGGGCGGUGGUGACCGCCCCCGGGAGCUCGACGUCGCGGUCCCGCGGGCGCGAGCGCUGUGGAUGGACAUGGCGUCCUGCUACAUCCCUGACCACGACGAGGACGCCUCCUUCUGCCACCCCGGGGCAGGGGCCGCCGGCGUGGCGGACGGCGUCGGCUCGUACCGCAGGAAAGGCUUGGACGCCGGCGCGUUCGCGCGCACGCUGAUCGCGAACGCGUUCGCGGAGGCGGGGCGGGCAUUCGCCGAGGGCGGCACGUCCGUCUGCCCCUACACUCUGCUGCGGGGCGCGUACGAGGCGGCGGCGCGCUCGCUCGCGCCCGGGGCGUCCACGGCCGUCAUCGUGUCCCUCGACGGGGCAACUCUGAAAUGGGCGUGCGUCGGCGACAGCGCCUUUGCCGUGCUCCGCGGCGGCAGGAUCGUGCGCCGCUCGAAGCCGCAGCAGCACCACUUCAACUGCCCCUACCAGCUCAGCGCCAACGGCGGCGACCGCGUCGCCGACGCGGACGUGGGCGGCAUGCCGGUGAUGGACGGCGACGUCGUGGUGAUCGGGACGGACGGGCUGUUCGACAACGUGUUCGACGUGGAGCUCGAGCAGCUCGUGCGGAGGGGCACGGAGCUGGGCCUGUCGUCGCAGAAUAUGGCGGACAACAUCGCCGGCGCUGCAUGCGACAUGUCCUUCGGGUGGCUGGCACACUCUCCGUCCACGUCGUCGUCCAGUACCGAGAGCUGGAGGAACGACGAGAAAGGCGCGGAGCGAUUCUACGGCGGGAAAGUUGACGACAUCACCGUCGUCGUCGCGUUCAUUGUCUCGUCGAUCUGA